AUGACCGGAAAACUCGACAGUGUGAAGACCAAGGCGAAAGAAGUCGCGGUGGAAGACUUCAACAAGGCCAAAGCCCUAGCAGAACAAGCAGCAAAAUCCAGAGCAUAUCUGUAUCCCAUCAAAGGCAUCUUCUAUUUCGCGAGCCAUAGUACAUUAUGGAAGCCUCUCAUUUCCAAACUCGUGCCAACAAUGACCUUAUCCGUCGGGGUAAUAGCAUUCAUGUUUAUUUUCGCAUACCUACCCCAGCUCUCCAUUCUUGUCCUCUUCAACGGACCCGUCGCCGUACUCACGACCGUGCUCCUUACGUUAAGUGAGAGCUCGACAAUCAUUACACUCCUCUCGAGGAAUUUCCUGAUACACGAUGCUUUGGUCGAUACAUUUGACGGAGUUCUAGUUGCGCGGAAUCAGACCUCCGUGGUGUCUGAGGGGCGAGAACUGCGGUCGGGGAAUUUUAAUGAUCCCAUUGCGAAAUUGGGGAAGCUUAUUAAGUCGCCGUUUGAAAAGUUCACACCCAAGGCUCUUAUUAGAUAUGUGAUGUAUCUACCUUUGAAUUUUAUCCCUCUUGUGGGGACGGUGCUGUUUGUGGUUCUGCAAGGGAAAACUAGAGGACUUUCCGCACACACCCGAUACUUUCAACUGAAGAAAUGGUCGAAUUCCAAGAGAGAGCAAUGGCUGCAGGAGAAUACUGCUCCCUAUACAGCGUUUGGAACCGUGGCGACUUUACUUGAACUCAUCCCGGUUGCCUCAAUAUUCUUCUCUUUCACCAACACGGUUGGUGCGGCACUUUGGGCUGCCGACAUUGAAAACAACAACACUAGUAUGACAGAAAUGCAAACCCCCAAGGGAGGAAAGGACGUGAAAAAGUCUGAGUAA